AUGGCUUCUUCCUUAGUGCAGAGCUCUUAUUCUACCUAUGGUGGUGGCUUUGGGGGUGCUGGAAGCGGCAGCUCUCGCCUUUCCUCAGUCCGAACAGGAGGAACCUGCCGAGCUCCAAGCAUACAUGGAGGAUCUGGUGGCAGGGGUGUCUCCAUCUCUUCAGCUAGGUAUGUCUCCUCUGUAGGAGGCGGAUAUGGCGGUGGCUUGUGUUCUAGUUUUGGUAGUGGUUAUGGAGGAGGCUACGGUGGCUUUGGUGGUGGCGCAGCCUGUGGCUUUGGUGGAGGACCUGGCUUUGGUGGAGGAGCUGGCUUUGGUGGAGGAGCUGGCUUUGGUGGAGGUUUUGAAUUUGGUAGUGGCGUUGGUGGUGGUGAUGGCCUUCUCUCUGGAAAUGAAAAGAUAACUAUGCAGAAUCUGAAUGACCGCCUGGCUUCGUACCUGGACAAGGUACGAGCACUGGAAGAGGCAAAUUCGGAUUUAGAAGUUAAAAUCCGAGACUGGUAUCAGAAGCAAGCUCCCACCAGCCCAGCCCGGGACUACAGUAAUUAUUACAAGAUAACUGAAGAUCUCCGAGACAAGAUCCUUGCAGCUGCUAUUGACAAUUCCAGAGUCAUUUUGGAGAUUGACAAUGCCAGGCUGGCUGCAGAUGACUUCAGACUGAAAUAUGAGAAUGAGUUAUUCCUGCGCCAGAGCGUAGAGUCCGACAUCAACGGCCUGCGCAGAGUCCUGGAUGAGCUGACUCUGUCCAGAGCUGACCUGGAGAUGCAGAUUGAAACACUGAAGGAGGAGCUGGCUUAUCUGAAGAAGAACCAUGAGGAGGAAAUGAAAGAGUAUUCAAAUCAACUAAGUGGAACAGUCAAUGUGGAAGUGGAUGCAGCUCCUGGCAUCGACCUGACCAGAAUUCUGUCCGAGAUGAGGGAACAGUAUGAAGCUCUGGCUGAGAAGAACCGUAAAGAUGCCGAGGCCUGGUUCUUCACUCAGUGUUUUUUUUUCCGCGAAGUAGCUACCCACACACAACAGAUACAGACCAGCAAAUCGGAGAUCACAGAACUGAGACGUACACUCCAGAGCCUGGAGAUUGAGCUCCAGUCGCAGCUCAGCAUGAAAGCUGGACUGGAAGCCAACUUACGAGAUACAGAAGGACGAUACUGUGCACAGCUGGCACAGAUUCAGGCUCUCAUCACCAGCGUGGAGGAGCAGUUGAGUGAACUUCGAUGCGACAUGGAGCGUCAGAACCAGGAGUACAGAAUGCUCAUGGACAUCAAAAGUCGCCUGGAGCAGGAAAUCGCCACAUACCGCCAGUUGCUGGAGGGCCAGGACUCUCAGAUGUCAGGAGUGAACCCUAAGGAUGCAUCUCUGAGUGGAAGAGUUCGCAUAGGCAUAGAAGAUGAUGGAAAACUUGUUUCUACUCGUGAAAGGAGAUUCCAGUAA